AUGGGGACGUUUACAUCGCUCCUAAGGGGACGGGUUGAGUUUGAAUCUGGAUGUCAACAGCAGCAGCAGCAGCAGCAAAACCACCAGCAGGAGAAGAAGAAGAAGAAGAAGAAGAAGAAGAAGACACCCCCGAAAGUCGACGUGUACAAUCUCCACCCCACGGGCUGGGAAUCCGACCCGGAAGACGAAUACCACCGCCUCUGCACGCUAGACUACUGCUCCGGCACAAUCUACUGCGCCUACGCCCUCUUCUUCAAAGUCGACCCGGGAGCAGACAAGCACAGGAUCGUAGAGGUCCUCAAGCAAGGGCUCGAAAUCACGCUCAGCCAGUGCCGCCGCCUCUGCGGGACGUUGAGGGAAGAUCCCGCCGGCGGGAGCGGCCUGUGCUUCCACAAGAGGCGCGAAGACACGGUUGAGUUUCACGUGCAAUGGCUCGACGUUAGCAACAAAUCUCACGAUGACGACAGCGAGGAUGGCGCCGCGGAUCAAGAAGAGGGGGGUGAUGAAGAGUACCCCUCCUACGCCGACUUUGAACGCCGGCACUUUAGCACCCGCGCCUUCGGCCCCGAUCUGAACCUAUGGUGCGUGCCGCCCAUGACGCCCGCCGAAAAACCCGCAAACAGGCCAGAGAAUAAUCCCAAGGCGGCGUCCUUCAAAGCGAGCUUCAUCCCCGGCGACGGGCUGGUGCUGAUGAUGAUGCACCACCACUUGGCCAACGACGUCAACGGGUGGGCGGGGGAAAUGCGCCAGCUGGCCGAGAACUGUGCCGCCAUCUGGGCUGCGUCGGCGUCGGAUGCGGAUGCGGGUGCGGCGGCCGCUGCCGGUGGUGGUAGUAGUACUAAUUUUGGUUGUGUUACGGUUGGUGAUGCUACCUCGACUGCUGCUGGUACUGCUGCUGCGCCACCGGAGCUGCCUCCGUGGGACCCCGCGUGCCUGGACCUCUCACGCGUCACGGUCGCGGACCCGCCCGCUGACCAACUCGUCGACGGGCCACCGAGACCGUCGCGGCAUCCCGAGCAGAGGGCUGCUUCGAGGUUGCUUUUCCACAUCCCGCGGAGCAAGCUGUCUGAAUUGAAGCGGUUGGCGACCCCGGCGCUGGCUACGGAUGGGAGCAGCGACGGCAGCAGCAACGGCAGCGACUGCUGGAUUUCGAGCUACGAUGCGCUCAAUGCGUACCUGUGGCGCGUCCUGGUGAAGCAUAAAGCUCGAUUACAUAAACCCGACCCCGAGACGUUGGUUGAAUGGGUUGAGGCUGUGGAUGUGAGGAGGCGGUUGUGUGAUGCGUCGGGGAAGCCUAUGCCGGCGCGCACGCAGGGGAAUGUGAUUGCUGUUGCUAUCGCGUCGAGGAGUACUCAUGUUGUGCCGCAGUUCACAAUCAAGGAGGUUGUUGAAGAUGCACCUUUUAGCAAGCUUGCGUGGUACAUCCGCCAACUCACAAACAGCAUAACCCCACCCGCCAUCAACGCAAUGCUAUCCGGCAUCGCCCGCGUCCGCAACAAGCUGACCCUCUACGCCGGCUCCGACGUCUUCCCGCCCACGACCCUCCUCGUCACGGACUGGCGCGACGCGGACCCGUAUACCGCGGACUUUGGCUUCGGUCGCCCCAGCGGGUUCCGGUGUCCGUGGGACUCUGUGACGGGUGGGCUCGUGGUGGUGUACCCGCCGCGUCCUGCGAGGAUGAGUCCCGGCGGGGAUGACGAGGGGAACGAGAUUUCGUUGGCGGUGGAGAGGGAGCUUGUGUGGGAUUUGCUUGCGGAUCCGGAGUGGAAUCGGGUGUUUGAGUUCAGGGGGGUCGAGGUUGAGGAUGAGUGA